AUGGAGAGCGGCCAAGACCUGAAUGCAGCCCUCACUCCGGGCACCAGCUUCGAGCAAGAUGAGGCCCAAUUCGUCUCCGCCCGGGACCCCUUCGCGCGCACUGUUCGCGUCAACUGCCGGACGGUGGCACUGACGCUGGGCGCGGCAAUCCUAUUGGCGGCCGCGCUGCCUCUUCGCUCCUCGGCACCUGCGGCACCUGCGGUACUUGUUGCAGAGGCCGCCGUCUCAGAUGCGCCUCCUGAGACGCAAAGCGAGGGCGAAGGCAGCGACUCGCCAGACUUCAGCGGGUGGAGCUGCGGAAAUGACCUCGCGGCGGUGGAGGCUCCGCGAAUCUACAGGACCUCCAAGACCUGGACGCAGCAAACCUCCCAGGUGGUGCGUGUUAAGCUCUGGGGCGGCGGCGGCAUGGGCGGUGCUCCAGUGCGCCUCAAGUCCGACGAUGACUGCCGGGUCCGGCGAUCCCGGCGCUUGCGGCGCGCGGACAAGCGGCGGGCGGACUUGAACAAUCGCGCCAACCAGCUGAACCCCAACAACUGGCGGUAUUGGGCCAGCCGCGGAAUGCAACCGCCGUGGCGCCGGGCUGGGAACAUCUACCAGGGAGGCAGUGCUGGCCGCGGCACGCGCGGCGGGGCUGCCCUUCCGCUGCAAAACGGACAGGUGCCCCUUGGCCCCCCCAGCUACGGCCUCCCCCCUGCGCCUCCGCCGCCGGGACCCACGGACUCUUCGGAGCUGCGCGGCCAGCCGCUGCGCUUGGUGCGGCGCGCAGCGCAGAAGGCGCACCGCGCAGCGCGGAAGUGGCUGCCGCGGGAGAGGCGGUGGAAGGUCACGCAGGAGGACCCCACCACCAUCGGCCCCUGUGGGGAGCUGUGGCUCUGUGGCGGGGGCGGGGGCGGUGGCGCCUUCACGGACCGCCUAGUGAACCUCACGGCCGGUCGCGUCUACGAGCUGCAGGUGGGCCUUGGCGGUUUCCCCGGGGCGCCCCACGGCCUCGCCACGCGUCUCAUGGAGCACCUCCCCGGUGGACGGCGUCUGCUGGCAGAGGCCGCUGGGGGCCUGGGGGCCGUAGCCGUGGACGAGGAGCGCCUGCUGGCGUUGGGCGGGCUGGGUGCCACAAAAGGCGACUUAAAGGGAGUGGACGGCGAGGCCUCCCGGUCUGACCUCCAGGGCUUGCAGACGCAGCGCCUGGUGUUGACCGGGGCUGACCUGACAAAGCGCCAGGCUCGGGCGACGGCGCCAUUCGAUGACUUCGCGGCCAUUCGGGUGCCCUGCGCUGGUGGCGCAGGCAUGGACUCGCUGGAGAGGAGGGCGGGCUUCACGGAGACCCUUCUCGGCAUGCCAAUCUUGGAGUCAAACCCGCCACCACCGCCUGCUCCUCCAUCUUUCGAGCCGAGUGAGCACAUGCUCGUUUGCUUGCCCUCCGCGGCUGGAGCCUAUAACUAUCCACCGAAGCUCUUUGCCAAGGGCUCCGAGAUGCUUUUGAACCCAAGGUGCGCGGAGAUCGCGAAGCUCAUUCCUCGCCUUUUCGAGCGGGCGAGGCAGCAGUACAUGUCGGGACCGCCGAACAUGCGAGUGCGUAUUGAAAGCUUUGAAGGCCAUCAAGCCCUUGUCAGAGUAGUUGAGUCCGUCGCCACGUUCAAAUUCUUGAACGGCCCGCCUCCCGGCUUUUCUCAGAGUUCCUGGUCUUGGCAGCGUUCUCCUGGACUGAUUGAACAGAAUGGAGAAAUGUACUUAAAAUUGAACCUCACCGCUGCAGCCACCUGCGUAUCCAGCAUUCCGAGCCUGAACGGCUCGCAGUGCAUCGGGGUCGCCUGCCUGAGAUCUAAGCCUGGCGCUCCUUGCCAAGCUUUGCCCUCCUGCACAGCUGGCCUGCAGAGCUUUGUUCUCACCAACUUCAGCCGGAAAGUUGCCCCCAUGGCCGCCUCCUUUGUGGGCCCCCGGGGCGGACCCUCGGCCGCCGCCGCACCGGAUGGCGUCUUGUUCCCCGGCCACGGCGGCGACGGCAGCUGCCCGGAGCUCCUGCCUUCCGCGGAGCCUUUGGAGCCGCAGCUGCCGCUCAGCGGGGCGCUGCCGCGCCGCGUGGCGCCGCUCAACGGGGAGCCGGGGCUGGCGGCAGUCUACGCCUGCGCGGAGCAGAGGCUGCACGUGGACCAGUGGCAUGGGAACUUCUGGAUGCAUUUGGUCUCCGGCCCCGCGCCCAAGGCGCUGCGGAAAACGGGGGACGGGGGGUCGGUGGAGUGUUGGGGGGGAGGUUUUGCCAAGGGCCCAGGGCCGAUCACCUUUGUUCCAGGCUUGGCCCGGCCCUGCCAAAUUGGACUUGCCUUUAGCGUCAUUUUGCACAUGACGCGCCUGAACUGUACCAAGUACCACUACCUGAAGUUUGUGGAGCGCCAGAAGAUUGAGAGGCGUAUGAAGAGCUGCAAGCGGCAGCUGGAGCAAGCGUGUCAGAAGGGCCAAGAGGCGGAGGCGGAGGCUUUGAGGGUCCAGCUCCGGACCCACCUGGCGGACCACGAGUACAUUCGGCAUUAUCCGAAGCACCUGCCUUACAACUCCUUGUUCCCAGCGCAGGACUCGGAGGCCUCGCGGAAGCGGCGGGAGGAGAUCCGGAAGCUGAUCCGCGAGGAGCUGCAGAAGGAAGGCCAGCCUUCCGCGCUGGACGCCGAGCUCGUUGAGCCGGAGGUGCCAAUGCAAGAGGAGGUGCCAAAGGCCAAGGAACCAGGCCCGAAGAAGAUGAAGAAAGCGCGGAAGCGGUCGAAAGCAAUGGAGAAGGAGGAGGUAGAGGAGGCGAAGGUGCAGCCAACAAAGGUCAAAGACUUGGAGGAGCCUGCGCCGAAGCGUGCAGGUAAGGUGAAGAAGAAGGGCAAGGCCAAAGCUGUGGAACCUGAGUUGGAGGGACCGCCACAAGCGAAGAAGGUCAAGAAAGGUCCCGAGGAAGGUGGUCGCGACAAGGUGAAGGCCAAGGCGGAUGGGCAGCUUCCACUGCAUCCCUCCUGGGCUGCGGCGAAGAAUGCCAAGGUCGCCGGCGCCAUCGUCUCCAGCGCUGGCGACCGCAAGGUCUUCGACAGCGACAGUGACGCGUGA